CUUCAUUCUUGCACUGCCUCACCCCAGGGAGCAAAUCCGAUUGGCUGGGUGACAACCUCAAAGGGCGGGGCCGCACACGUUCACAGUGGGAAUGAGCUAGCGGUGUGAGAGUGGGAGGGUUGGGGGGGAGAUCGGCUGGGCGGGGCUAGACUCUCCCCUGCCUAAGGUGAUAAAGGCCAAUGAUUCUCCAGGCUGCCUCUCCUAGAAAAGUCAUCUUCUCACGAACCUUUAAAAUUUCUGCCUCCCGAGGCAACCUUAAAGGACUAGGGCUGACUGCCUCAUCUUUUUCUCCCUUGCAAAAGUCCCGUUUGCCACCAUGGGGAUGUACCAAGUGAGACCAAGUAGGGGGAGCGAAUGGUGACUGGUACGCUGGGCUUACUGGCUGCUGCCCACUUCAGCGCUAGCACACUUCUGUAAGAUCGGAACUGAGUACUAAACAACCUCUACACUUCCCCCUGGCGCCAUUCCAGGGCUGGCGCCACAUUCCCUGGUGGGCACGCAAUGGCCGCGCCCCCUCCAGCGGCGGACGGGUCUUUUGGUACGUGCAGUCCGAGGUUGCCAUGGAUCGGAUGAAGAAGAUCAAACGGCAGCUGUCAAUGACACUCCGAGGGGGCCGAGGUGUAGACAAGACCAAUGGUGCCCCUGAACAGAUAGGCCUGGAUGAGAGUGGCGGUGGCGGCGGCAGUGACCUUGGAGAGGCCCCUACUCGUGCAGCCCCUGGAGAACCUCGCUCUGGACGGGGACCACUCAGCUCUGCACCAGAGAUUGUACACGAGGACUUGAAGAUGGGGUCUGACGGGGAAAGUGACCAGGCUUCAGCCACAUCCUCAGAUGAGGUGCAGUCGCCAGUGAGGGUGCGCAUGCGCAACCAUCCCCCACGCAAGAUCUCCACUGAGGACAUCAACAAGCGCCUAUCACUACCAGCUGACAUCCGGUUGCCCGAGGGCUACCUUGAGAAGCUGACCCUCAAUAGCCCCAUCUUCGAUAAGCCCCUCAGCCGCCGCCUCCGUCGUGUCAGCUUGUCCGAGAUUGGCUUUGGGAAACUGGAGACAUAUAUCAAGCUGGACAAGCUGGGCGAGGGUACCUAUGCCACCGUCUACAAAGGCAAAAGCAAGCUCACAGACAACCUUGUGGCACUCAAGGAGAUCAGACUGGAACACGAAGAGGGGGCACCCUGUACGGCCAUCCGGGAAGUGUCCCUGCUCAAGGACCUCAAACAUGCCAACAUCGUCACACUACAUGACAUUAUCCACACUGAGAAGUCCCUCACUCUUGUCUUUGAGUACCUGGACAAAGACCUGAAGCAGUACCUGGAUGACUGUGGGAACAUCAUCAACAUGCAUAAUGUGAAACUGUUCCUGUUCCAGCUGCUCCGUGGUCUGGCCUACUGCCAUCGGCAGAAGGUGCUACACCGUGACCUCAAGCCCCAGAACUUGCUCAUCAAUGAGAGAGGAGAGCUUAAGCUGGCUGAUUUUGGCCUGGCUCGGGCCAAGUCAAUUCCAACAAAGACCUACUCCAAUGAGGUGGUGACACUAUGGUACCGGCCCCCUGACAUCCUGCUUGGGUCUACAGACUACUCCACCCAGAUUGACAUGUGGGGUGUGGGCUGCAUCUUCUAUGAGAUGGCCACGGGCCGGCCCCUCUUCCCAGGCUCCACAGUGGAGGAACAGCUACACUUCAUCUUCCGCAUCUUGGGAACCCCAACUGAGGAGACAUGGCCGGGCAUCCUGUCCAACGAAGAAUUCAAGACAUACAACUACCCCAAGUACCGCUCUGAGACCCUUUUGAGCCAUGCACCCCGACUUGACAGCGAUGGGGCUGACCUCCUUACCAAGCUGCUGCAGUUUGAAGGUCGCAAUCGGAUCUCCGCAGAGGACUCCAUGAAACACCCAUUCUUCCUCGGUCUGGGGGAGCGGAUCCACAAACUUCCUGACACUACUUCCAUAUUUGCACUAAAGGAGAUCCAGCUACAAAAGGAGGCCAGCCUUCGCUCUUCGUCAAUGCCUGACUCAGGCAGGCCAGCUUUCCGUGUGGUGGACACCGAGUUCUAAGCCACAGACCCAGGCCCCAGCAGGCAGCAGCUGGAGGGAUGCCACACCCCUCACAGGGCAGACCCCAACUGCAUCCUCCCUGCUUGCUACCUGCCUGACUCAUGCUCGCCUGCCCACAUGUCCCCUGCUGCCUGUCCAAAAACACAUGAUCAUUGGCCUGUCAACCCACCCAUUGGCCUGUCUGCUGGGUGCUAACAAAGCUCUCAAUGCUCCUUGCCUGGUCUGUUUGUCUCUCUCUGUCUCAGUAGUUGCCGGCGGACAGCAUGGCCGUGCCAGCCUCCCACACUGAGGCCAGGCCUAUACCCCUCCCCAUCAUACCCUCCCCCAGGACCACUACCCCAUGGCCAGCCAGGGGUCUGGAGCUAGCCCAGGCUGGGGAUCUCGACUCAGACAAGAUGGGGAUGCCUUGAGUCUGAGGUUUCCCCUGCUUGCUUUCCUGCCUGUCCCACCUGCCUCAUGUUGUGUGGGCUUUUUUGUUGUUGUUCAUUUCAUUCAUUGUUUUUUAAUUAUUUUAAAUGAGGUUUUCAUUUUUUAAAUGCAAUAUCUCUAUACAGACUGGCUGGGCCCCACCCCCUGCGUGUGGCCCUCCCACAGUAUUUUGUGCAAUGAAGCCCCGCUCCCAGCCUUUCCAAGGCAGGGACACAGCCCCUAUUCAGAACCCUGACCAUCACCAGACCCUGGGAUCGGCUAAGGGAAAGCAUGCCUCAACCACUCGCCUUCCUACCCCCCACCUGCCAUCCCCAGCCGCAGGGGUACCUGGGGACUACUGGAGACUCUGGGAGAUGGACAAGGUUGGGGCCCCAGUCUUUCCCUCUUACAGUCCCAUAGCUGGGGCCUCCUUCCUUCUCAGGGUCUCCCUAGCCCAGCCCUCUUGCCCCCACCCCACUCGGUGCUGUUGAGUAGGGGCCCUGCCAGGAACUGACCAACUCAGUGAGGAGCCAUAGUAUGUCUAUGUGCACAGGCAGGGACAGAGGGGCUGGCGGGGGGAUGGGGUGUGUGUGCCCAGGAGUUAUCCCCUAACCCCUGGGGAGGGUGAGGCAGGGCAGGGACAGUCUCUGGGCUCAGUCCCAGAUGGGUGAUUACCUCCCCUUCCUCCACUCUAAACCCUGGGUCCCUUAAAUGGGGUGGGAGGGCAGGGGUGGGUGCCCUCCUGGUGGGGUUUGGGGGGUUGGUUCCUGAAUGCACCAUAAUCACUGUAUGAAAUAUUAAAAAGUCUAAAG